AUGGUGUGGGACCCGUGGCUCAUAGUAGCACAAAUCGCGUGUCUACAGUCGUUAUUUUACCUCUCUCUCGGCGUUUUCCUGUGGCUCUUCGUCGGGUCGCACGUUCCGCGAUUCACGCUCAAGUAUUUCUUCGACUACUCCGUGCUUUCGCCGUCCAGCUUCGUCGGCUGGUGCUGCAUAUUCGCGUUUCUGGCGAACGCGUUUGUAGGCGCCUUCUAUCUGGUGGUGGUGGUGGAGCGAACCAAGAAGUACCUCGAUUUCGCCGCCAUGGUACAUCUGCUGCACGUGCUGCUCUGCCUGCUCGAUUCUCAUUGUGCUCGGUCUCCCGUCCCCCUCUCCACAUCCCCUAUCCAUACCCCCUAUGUCAUCCCCUCCUCCCCCUCCUACCAGCGCCUUCUAUGUGGUGGUGGUGGUGGAGCGAACCAGGCAGUACCUCAGGUUCUGCCCCUAACCACAUUCCCUCCAAUUCCCCACUCUUUCCCACGCCGCUUCCCAUCCACCAGCGCCUUUUACUUGGUGGUGGUGGUGGAGCGAACCAAGAAGUGCCUCGACUUUGCAGCCACGGUGCAUCUGCUGCACGCGCUGCUCUGCCUGCUCUACGCCCACGUCCCCUCCUCCUUCUCCUUCUGGCUCACCUCCUUCCUCUCCUGCCUGCUCAUGACUCUCCUCGGGGAAUGGCUGGUCGAGUCGAGCCUGAGUUCGAAGCAGUCUACUUAUUCAGCUGAAUGGCAGUUUCCACCUUGA